AAUAAUAUGACUCGCACGAAAAUAGACGCUCAAAAGUGACUGAUGUGGGAGCAGCUGCUUGACACGGAGAAGAUCCGUUCGACAUGGGCGGCGGCGACUCGAACAUCAACGGCGACGGCAGCAGCAGCGGGGAAGAGGACGGGGACGCAGCCUGGAAGGCGGCCAUCAACUCCGUGGCCACCGUCGGUUUCGGCCUCUCGGCCUCCAAUGGCCGCCCAAAGCCUGACCCGACCGCGGUCGAUUCGUCCGAGGACGAUGACGACGAUGCCACCGCCCAACUUCACCAACAGGGGCGGUGGCAGGCACCUAAGCUAAAGCUCUAUCAGAUCAAGGCACAAAAGAUUUUGGAUGACCUGUUGGAUAGAAGCCUCAUGAUGGUCAGAAAUCACAUCCCUUCCAUUGAUGAAUUUCCACAAUCCGAAGAAGCUGGAAUUCGAUUAUUUAGCAACUCGCCUGCUGGCAUAAUAUUGGAUCCUGUUGAUGAACAUCCACUACCACGUACGAAACCCAGAAUUCUACCAGGAGAAGAAAUCAACGAGAAAUCAAAGAAGUUCAAAAGCCAAAUCAGGUCUGUUGUUCUCAAUGGCAACGAUAUCAUGGCCACUGCAGCAGAAGCAUGCGAGAGAGCGUUGGCCAGAUCUGAAGCUAAAGAAGCUGCAGCAAAGGCAGCAGCCAAGAGAGAGGAAGAAAGGGUUUCAGAACUGAAGAAGGCUAGGGGAGAGAAAUGGCUUCCUUCUGUUGCAAAAUAUAUGCAGGCUUGAAAUUGUCAUACCUAAAGUGGGGGAGCUCAAACUUGUGGUUCUUAAAUCGAAGGAAGACUCUUCGACAAAGCACAGAUGCUGGUAAGAAAGUCUCCAAAGUGCUGCUCAUUAGGUAUGCCAAUUCGAAGGAAGACUUAGGUCCAUGGUGACCUAAAUUUCUGACAUCAAAUGUGUUAUUGUCAAUCAAGCACAGACUAGUGGUUCAUUUUGUAGUUCAAGUUUCUUUUUUUUUUUUUUCCUCUUUGGAUAUUUCACUGGAAAAAUGGAUGAUUUUUAACAGAAAGUUGAUAUGAGCACAUAGUGCAUGGGUGGAUUUAACCAUAA